AUGGCAACACCCCAUAACUCUGCAAAGGUUGGCGAUUUCGCUGAGACAGUUCUCAUGUGCGGCGAUCCACUCCGUGCCAAGCUCAUUGCUGAUAACUAUCUUGAGAACGCUAAGCAAGUCAACUCUGUUCGUGGAAUGCUUGGUUUCACAGGCACAUACAAGGGCAAACCACUCUCUGUUAUGGGUCAUGGCAUGGGUAUCCCAUCCAUUUCCAUCUACGCUGAAGAACUCUACAACGUUUACAAGGUUAAGACCAUCAUCCGUGUCGGCACUUGCGGCACAGUUGAUCCAAAUGUUCACGUCCGCGAUGUCUGCAUUGUCACAGCAUCUGGCACAGAUUCAAAUGUUAACAGAAUGCGCCUUCUUGGCCACGAUUUCCCAGCUACAGCCAACUUCGAAGUCGUUAGUGCCUUAGUUGAAUCCGCCAAGGCUCUCAACAUCCCAACACAGGUUGGAAAGGCCUACUCAACAGAUAUCUUCUACAGCAAGGAACAAGGAUUAAAUGAGGCCCUUGCUCAGUACCACUUCAUUGCUGUCGAAAUGGAAUCUGCUGGUCUCUUCCCAAUUGCUGAUUACUAUGGCGCAAGAGCUGGCUGCAUCUGCACAGUUUCGGAUCACAUCAUCACACACGAGUCCGCUACACCAGAAGAGCGCCAGACAUCAUUCCAGAACAUGAUCAAGAUCGCUCUUGAAGCUACAUUGAAGUUAUAA